GGCGCACACAUACACACUCGGCCACGCGCGCGCCGCCCGGCCCCACUCGCGCAGCGCGGUUCUGCGCGGGCCGCAUUGUCCGCCGCUCGCAGCUGCUGCCCGCCGGCCUGGUCCCGGGCUGUGUCUCCCCGGGCGCCGCGGGCCCCCGCGCCGAGCGCCGUUCGCGGGACUCCGACCGGAGAAGGGGGCGCGUCAGGGUGGCACGGCGGGCCUCGGACGCCCCAGACUCGCGCGAAGAAGCAGCGACAGCAGACUCUUCAGGGGAAGGGUCCCCACCGCACCUCAGCAUGUCUCGUCGAAGCCAGCGCCUCACGCGCUACUCCCAGGGUGAUGAUGACGGCGGCAGCAGCAGUAGUGGCGGCAGCUCCGUGGCGGGGAGCCAGAGCACCCUGUUUAAAGACAGUCCUUUCAGGACCCUGAAGAGGAAAUCCAGCAACACCAAGCGUCUGUCCCCCGCGCCACAGCUGGGCCCCUCCUCCGACGCUCACACCUCCUACUACAGCGAGUCCGUGGUCCGCGAGUCCUACUUUGGCAGCCCCCGGGCCGCCUCUCUCGCCCGGAGCUCCGUCCUGGGUGACCAGCUGCUCGGAGACCCCUAUUGGAGCAAGGACCUGCAGGUGCGGAGGAGGAGAGGCACCGGGGACACGGAGAGCAGCAAGAUCAACGGGCUGGCGGAGACCAAGCUCUCCGAGGACUUCCUCGGGUCCUCCUCGGGCUACUCCUCUGAGGACGACUAUGCAGGGUACUUGGAGACGGACCAGCGGAGCUCGGGCUCACGGCUGAGGAGCACUGUGUCUCGGGCAGGCUCGUUUCUCUGGACGGUGGUCACUUUUCCAGGCCGGCUCUUCAGGCUCCUCUACUGGUGGGUCGGCACCUCCUGGUACCGCCUGACGACCGCUGCCUCCCUGCUGGACGUCUUCGUUUUGACCAGGCGCCUCUCGUCCCUGAAGACAUUCCUGUGGUUCCUCUUGCUGCUGCUGCUCCUGACUGGCCUGACCUACGGUGCCUGGUAUUUCUACCCCUAUGGGCUGCAGACGCUCCACCCCGCUGUGGUCUCCUGGUGGGCAGCGAGGGGCAGUGGCCAGCAGCAUGAGGUGUGGGCGUCCAGAGACUCAUCCUCACAUUCCCAGGCUGAGCAGCGCAUCCUGUCCCGCGUGCACUCGCUGGAGCGGCGCCUGGAAGCUCUCGCUGCCGAGUUCUCCUCCGCCUGGCAGAAGGAGGCCCUGCGCCUGGAGCGCCUGGAGCUGCGGCAAGGGGCCACGGCUGAGGCAGGCGGCGGCGGCGGCGGCGGCCUGAGCCACGAGGACACCCUGGCGCUCCUGGAGGGGCUGGUGAGCCGCCGAGAGGCGGCCCUGAAGGAGGACUUCCGCCGGGACACCGCUGCCCGGAUCCAGGAGGAAGUAGCCACCCUGAGGACAGAACACCAACAGGACUCGGAGGACCUCUUCAAGAAGAUCGUCCAGGCCUCCCAGGAGUCUGAGACUCGGCUCCAGCAGCUGAAGUCCGAGUGGCACAGGAUGACCCAGGAGUCCUUCCGCGAGCAUUCCGUGAAGGAGCUGGGGCGGCUGGAGGCCCAGCUGGCCGGCCUGCGGCAGGAGCUGGCGGCGCUGACCCUGAAGCAGAACUCGGUGGCGGACCAAGUGGGCCUGCUGCCGGGGCAGCUCCAGGCCGUGCGGGACGAUGUGGAGUCUCAGUUCCCCGCCUGGAUCAGCCAGUUCCUCCUCCGAGGCGGCGGGAGCCGCGCUGGGCUCCUCCAGCGAGAUGAGGUGCAGGCGCAGCUGCAGGAGCUGGAGAGCAAGGUCCUCGCCCACGUGGCCGAGGUGCAGGGCAAGUCUGCGAGGGAGGCGGUGGCCAGCCUGGGGCUGCGGCUGCAGAAGGAAGGCGUGAUCGGGGUGACGGAGGAGGAGGUGCACCGCAUCGUGAACCAGGCCCUGAAGCGCUACAGUGAGGACCGCAUCGGGAUGGUGGACUAUGCGCUGGAAUCAGGAGGGGCCAGCGUGAUCAGCACCCGAUGUUCCGAGACCUACGAGACCAAGACGGCCCUCCUCAGCCUCUUCGGCGUCCCCCUGUGGUACCACUCCCAGUCGCCCCGCGUGAUCCUCCAGCCAGACGUGCACCCGGGCAACUGCUGGGCCUUCCAGGGGCCCCAGGGCUUUGCCGUGGUUCGCCUUUCGGCCCGCAUCCGCCCCACCGCCGUCACCUUAGAGCACGUGCCCAAGUCCCUGUCGCCCAACAGCACCAUCUCCAGUGCCCCCAAGGACUUCGCAGUCCUUGGGUUGGACGAAGACCUGCGGCAGGAGGGGACGCUUCUGGGCCAGUUCACCUACGACCAGGAUGGGGAGCCCAUCCAGACGUUUUAUUUUCAGGACCCCCAGAUGGCCGCGUACCAGGUGGUGGAGCUGCGGAUCCUGACCAACUGGGGCCACCCCGAGUACACCUGCAUCUACCGCUUCAGGGUGCACGGGGAGCCCGCCCACUAGGCCUUCCCGGGGCGCUGCCAGCCAGCCGGGAGGCCGGCGGGAGGCCAGCCGUGCCCCCGCCCGGGAGUGGGAGAGCAGCGCCCCCGCCACGCCCCCGCGUGCUCCAUCA